UCAUCGUGUGGGCAAAGAAAACCUCCCCAAAUAAAAUAAAAUCCCCAAUUGAAACCCUACCGUCCGCCAUUGUCAUCGGUUGCCAAUCGAAGCUCCUGCUCUUAUUUGACGAUAAACCAAUUCACCAGCCACUUUAAAAAAAAAACUACAAAACCCUAAAAUCUCAAUCUCAGACCAGAAAAAUUCGACCCUUGCAAUUCCUAAGGGCUUCAUUUUAUUGAUCCUAAACUAUGGCUGCAAAGAUUCUCGCAAACUUGAUUGUGAUGGGAGGGGGAAUCUUGGCAAGAGCAGUUGUUCAGGCAUAUCGUCAAGCACUUACCAAUGCCUCAAAAAACGGUGUUGCACAAGAAACAAUUCAAAAUACUAUCCGCAAAGCUAGCACAAAGAUAACAGAGCAAGAGGCUCGCCAGAUUCUCGGUGUUACUGAGGAAACUCCCUGGGAGGAUAUUAUCAAGAAAUAUGAAAGAAUGUUUGAGAAUAACGCCAAGAAUGGGAGUUUUUACCUGCAGUCGAAAGUUUACCGGGCGAAGGAAUGUCUGGAAUCUAUCAAAGAAAGCAACAAAGGUGAUGGAAACCCUAGUUGAGGACUCAGUUUUACUCCAUCAAUUUUGCUCCAUCUUAGUAGUCUGUGUGGUCAUUUUGGCCACCAUGUUGUGUACGAUUCGCGCAAUGAAAACUAAAUUUGUUUUACUAGAAAAAUUGUUUGUAAAUGAUUAGUUGGGAAUUCAUUACAAAUAAUGAAAGCUCUCUAUAGAACUGAGGCCGUGAAAGCUUUUAGUUUAACAUAAAAUGCUGAUCAAAAUCAUAUAUUAGUAAAACAUCUACAUGUCUUUCACUAUUAAUAUUUGUUGAGAUUUAUAUCUUAAUGUAUAAGCUGUUUCUAUGAUGAAAGAUACAGUUUGUUCAUAAACUGACAGCUACUCACGAUAAUUAUUUAUAUGAAAUUUUGGAUUUAAAGUUGA